AUGAAGAUGGGCGUCGAGGCCCCCGUCAAUCCGGAGCAGGAGGAGAAAGAGCAGGAAGACCAGAUGAUCGCCCUGUAUGGGAAGACCAACUGUCAUUGGGACCAGGCAGGAAGAGGAGGAGAUGUAGUGCGGAAAGGAGCGAAUGACCUGUGCGAGUCGCUUUCACGUCUGUCAUUGGGAGAUAGCGAUAUGUGGGAGUGGGACGGAUGGGGAUACUGGGAUGCGGAGGCUAGGAUUGCCAUGUUGGAGGAGACGGAGGAGGGCAUUGAGGUGGAAGGGUACUGCAAGUGGACGUUUGAGGGGGUGGAUAGUAUGUGGGUGGAGCAUGCUGACGAGUGUGUAGCGUUCUUGGAGGAGAUCAAGGUCGCGCUGAAUUCGAGCUUGGAGAGAAAGGUGGCGAGUUUGGAAGCGGAUCGGUGGAUGUUCGAGGGUGAGAGUAUCAGGAAGAUCUGA